UCUCAUUUCUCGAAUCGUAGUAAUAACAUCACCGGCUUAAAAAAAAACGAAAAUAACUUUUGUGCUGAGAUUUUUAUUUGUGAAUUUAUCGGUGAAAAAUUAUUUUUUGAGUUAUUCGACUAGAACCUUUUGCAUUGCAGGAUUGGCUGCCCUGAAUAGGGAAGUCGCAGAUACCGGGUGAAGUGCAUCAGAAAUAGUGUAUAAGUGCCACAUUGUGCAUGCAACUGUGCACAUUUAAGUGCCUCAUUGUGAAUGCAGCAACAGUGCAUCGAUUGAUUGCAUCGAAACAGUAGGCAUAGCCUUAAAUACAAGUUGAUGUCAAACUAAAAUUCCAUUUAUUUGUGUAUGGUUGAUAUUUUGAGGAUUGUGCGGCCAGCAACGAGUCUACUCGUAUGAAUCAUUGGAGUUUCCGACUGCCGUUUGAUUGCAUCCACAGCAUCUAUCAUUCUACCUGAAUUGGUAGGAGGCAAUCGCUAAGGGAACUUCGUGGAAAUUCAAGCGCGAAUCAUUAUCCAGCACAAUUAUAUCCAGGUCUAACUUGCCUAAGAAUCAACAUUGAAGACGCAUAUCAUUAUCAAAGGAUCUGCUGCAACAAUAUGUGUGUCCAGCGCUGACUCGAGCAGUCGAAUAGUUCGCCUAAAGUAAUGGAGCCGUCGUCCUACGUUGUAAAGCCCACAAAACCAGAGAAACCGAUGGAAAAUAAAGGAAAAGAAAAAAAGCAGUCGACUUGGGACGAAGACAGUUUCAGUGCGAAAAGACCCAAGUUGGAUGAAGAAUAUCAAUGGAAUGAUAAAAAACAGGAAGCGAUCAAGCCAGUAACGGAUUCCAAAGAGACGGUUCAAAUAACUUUACACAAAUUGAAAGAAAUUAUGGAAAAACUAUCGAAAAGAAAGGUGGAGCUGGGAGAAGACAAUGUCCCGUCGAAAAAGCACAAGUCAAAGGAUGAUCAUAAUAAAGACCCCAAACGGGAACAGUGCAGCCCAGCACCGGGUGGCUUGGUGUUCGAUCGCAGGGACCCCUUCGCGCUGACAGCCGAGGACGAGGACCGUCUACGUGAGCGGCCUUCCAUGGGAAUUCGGAAUUCGCUAUUUUAUAUAUCCGCGAUCAAUAUCCCCGAACCAGCGGUGCCCCCAAAGGAGAAAAAUCCCAAUUUUCUACAUCCCAAAGCUCUAUUUCGAGAGAACAUUGACCGCAUAAAAAAGAAGAAGACAUCACCGACUCCAUUUGCGUUUCCGUACGGGCAACAGUCCCCAGAACGCAACGUUGUACGCCCCGAGAUCAAAUUUUGGGAGAGCAUUGAUCAUUGUGAUCCCACAGACCCUGCUUUACCCGAAAAACAGAUCCACCCUUUGAUGCACCCCAUUGAAGAGGAGAGCGUCUCACCAUAUGUGUUUCCGGACAUGAAGAUGGAUCAAUACCAAAGUCCAAAUGUUGUACGCCCCGACACCCCUCUUUGGGCGGUCACGAACUAUUUUGAUCCCAUAGAUCCUGGUGUACCUGACAUACGGAAGCACCCCAUAAAAGAGGAGAAGACAGCACCGUUUAUUGGGUCUCCGGACAUGGAUCAGUCGCCAGAUUCCAAUGUUGUCCCCAUGACCUUAUUUUGGGAGAGCACGAACAAUUGUGAUCCAAUCAUAAUAUCCAGAGAUCCUAUUUUAGCUGAAUUGCCGUUGCCAUGGCCUGUGCUGGGGACCAUUCCAGAACCCAGGAAUGAGAAGCUAUCACCGAGUACAUUUGCCUUUCCGUACACCCCAUUGUGGGAGAACAUGGAUAAUAUUAAUCCCCGAGAAACACAGAAGUCACCACAGUUUAUUGGGUUUCCGGACAUGGAUCAGUCCCCAGAUGCUCAGAUGCUCGCCAGAUCGCAUAAUUGGCCUCAGAACAUGGACUCCUUCGAUCCCAACGAAUGUCCCACACCAACAGACAACAGCAACGGAAUUUUUCCCCAUGUUUGGACCUUCGUAGCGCCUGUGACAGCUGCCGAUGAUAAAAUGAAGAAGGGACCGAGAACAUUACGUUAUCCCUCCAAGGUCGAUUUGUCCAGUCGUUUGCUCGCCAAAUUCCCCAAAUUGAAUAAUUCGAACAAUGUUCGCACUGAACAGCCUUCUUCAGCGGAUGCCACAAUUAAGUCUCGUCCUAAAAAGGGACCAAAAAUCAAGGAAAAAGCACCAGGGACUUAUAAAAAGAGAAAGUAUGUCAGAAAACCGAAGCCAGAGCCCGUUUUGGUGGAGGUGCCGAGCGUGGAAAUUCAAUUUGUGGACUUGUGCGAUCCUGCCAGUGCGCCCAACGAACAUACUCAGGAGCUGCUGUUCACGACCCCCGAUGGCAGCGAACUCCAUGUGCGUAUCGACAACCUCGAGAAUUCUCUGGUACCUUGGGAUGGAGAGGCUAAGGUACUCUAUAUCGAGCCAUUUCCAAUACAAACGAAGAUAAAGCGGCCCAGAGGCCGCCCGCCUAAGCGGACCAUAGUACCGUCCGAAAACCCACUCCCACUCCUCGACUGUCCCAAAAGUAAGCGAACAGCUAAAACAAAGCAAGAGCCAUUGGACGCCAUACCAAAGUUAGGUGCUGAAGAAACAGAGGCACGUCCAAGGAUCACUGAUGCCGAAGAAGACGCACUCAUCGCGGAUAUGGAAGCUUUACUCGCUGAAGAGUAUUUGGGUAUUUUGCUCGAAGCAGCAGAAGGUCAAGACUGAAAGCAUCAGUCCCUAAAGAUGCAUCACAUAUCACACAAUAUUGAUCACAAAAAAAGACUUUAAAUUUGUAAAACACUUAAAAUCUACAUUAAUAAUACGAAAAACAAUCAAAGAGUAAAACAUAUGUAUCUUAAUUGUGGGAACAAAAAAAAAAAAAAAAA